AUGGUCGACUACCUGCAGUGGCUGAAGGCCGAGGCCCACGCCAGCCACAAGCGUCAAGACUCCACCUUCCACUCGAUCCUGAUCGCCGCGCUGUGCGUGUGGACGGGCCGUGUCGACGAGAUCAACCGAUUUUUGGGCUCUUCGCUGUCGUGCAAGGUCGCCAUCACCUCACGACACUUCCAAGCAAUUCGCGCCCUUCUCCUGUCCGUGCUGCCGGAGAAGGAGCUCGUGCUCCUCUGCGUCGACCUACCGGUUACGAUAGAUCUCCACGACUCGCACGAGUCCUCGGAGCCGCUUCCGAUUCUGUGGAUCUCGGACCUGCUGUCGCAGAAGGUGUUCCAGAAGUACAACGUCGACGUUGGGAGCUGGAUCGGACGUCAAAUCUCGGCAGCCGCACUUCCAACUAGCGCCGUGCUCAUCGAGGUCAUCGAGAGG